UGUACGGGAAUAUAACACCAAGUGCACUACAUGCCUGCAGAAGAAGAAGCAAAACAUUUCAGCAAGGCUCCACAAAGGGAAAAACUGUAAAUACGAAAUUCCGUAGCCGUGCCCUGCGACAACGCGUUCCAGAAAAGUCCCACAGCUCAAGGUGACGAAACCGUAACACGCCUGCCACAUAUCCUCGUCCCCAUCUGUUUGGCUGGAAUGGGCGACAAAGUGCUUCCAGAGGUUUCCAAAAGCGACGACGAACAGUUCGAGGAUGCACAGAGCAAGGAAGAUUUUAACGAGCGAACCGUCGACGAAGUUAUCGAAAAGGUGAUGGGACUGUCCGUCCGGAGGCCACCCGACUCGGACGCGGAAGAGUUUGUCGACUGUGUGAAUGGGCCGGAGGUGCCGCAAUCCCAAAACAAACCGACGACAGCAGAGGAAGCGAAUGAAUCAUGUCGACAGGUAGCGGGAACGUCGGAAGAGGAAUCACCACCCGAGGACGAUCUAAUAGACGAAGACUCCCAGCGGGACUACGAGUGUGGCCUGUCGGAGGAGGAACUGGAGGCGAACAAAACCAAAGCGGACGAGCUGAAGCAGCAGGGCAAUGAGCUGUUCAAGCAGGGCGAGCACAGCCGCUCGCUGGACCUGUACACACAAGCACUCCGGCUGUGCCCGCUAGAUCGCAAAGAGGCCAGGGCCAUCCUGUACGCGAAUCGUGCCGCUGCGAAAGCGAAGCUCGACCGCAAACAGUCCGCACUGGAAGAUUGCACCAAAGCGCUAGAGUACAAUCCCCACUACUUGAAGGCGUUGCUCAGACGCGCGAACCUGUACGAAGAGACUGACAAGCUGGACGAAAGUUUAGAGGACUAUCGGAAGGUGCUGGAGCUGGAGCCGGGCAAUGGUGAGGCACGGUCCGCCCAGGUACGGUUGCCGCCGAAGAUAGCGGAACGCAACGAGCGGUUGAAGGAGGAAAUGAUGGGCAAGCUGAAGGAUCUGGGCAACAUGAUACUGCGCCCGUUCGGACUGUCGACGCAAAACUUCGAGAUGAAGCAGGACCCCCAGACGGGUUCGUACUCGAUCAACUUUAACCAGGGCGGCAAACAAUGACGCGUGGUGGGCGCGAGUGGCGUUUGAUAGCGUGCCGGCGAGAUGAACACGGCUGUACUGGCGCUGUAAUGGGCCCGUCUUGUCGCUGGAGCAGAGGUAAUAAAAUUACGAGCAAAACAUCUGUGAGCAUAUUUUUAACACUAAUACACCUACACACACACGAACACCACACAUUUCAAGCUAUGAGGAAAAAAUAAAAGGGAAUAUAAGCAUA